AUGGUCAAGACCACCAUGAUUGCACGCGUCUCUGACGCCCUUCCGCUGGCUGCCUCCAUCGAUGACGAGCAGGUCGAGAUGGAGUUGAAGGAGUACAAGUCCCAAGCUAAGCUCAUCUUCCGCAAGCUUAACCUGAACUCGGAGAAGCGAUGCUCGAUCGAGUCAGGGAGCUACGUGUUCCACUACAUCAUUGACCACGGAGUUGUCUACCUGUGCAUAUGCGAGCGCAAUUACCCUCGCAAGUUGGCCUUCACAUACCUGGACGAUCUCUCCAAAGAGUUCUUUAUGAGUUACGGCAACGAGAUUGACCGACCAGGUCUUCGCCCCUACGCCUUUGCUCGGUUCGACACGUUUAUGCAGAACACAAAGCGCAUGUACCAGGACACCAGGACACAAUCCAACUUGACAAAGUUGCACGAGGAUCUGCAGGAUGUCACCAAGAUCAUGACAAAGAACAUGGAGGACCUUCUCUACAGAGGAGAGACGCUAGAUAACUUGCAAGGAAAGUCGGAGUUACUACUUCGCGACUCUGCGCGGUACCGCCAGACGGCCCGUGACGUGAACUUGCAGGCCUUGUAUCGCAAAUACGGCCCUCCCGCCAUUAUCCUCUUUGUCUUCUUGCUGGUCAUCUACUGGAGGUUUUGGUGGUACUAG